AAAAUAAUCAUGGCGAAUUUCUCAAUAAUUUAAAAGGAUUUGAGGACUGAAUGAAUCCAAAAUGGCAGCGACUAAGAAUUAUAAACUGGAUCUCGAUCCACCGAAAAGAAAUGUUUUCGUGACUCAAUUACAUGCCAGAGAAGAUGAAGAUGAUAUUGUACAAAUUCCAGUUGUUAAAGAAAAGGGACAUCGUCUUCUUGAAUCUAGUUCCAACACACAUCAACGAACUCUCCUGUUAAAACAGGAGGUGGAGAUAGAUAAGGUUGAUGCUGAACUUGAAGCCAAACGACGAGAAUUCAAAGAGCGUAUGGAAGCAUGCGAAAAGCGUAGGAUUGAAGUUCAGAAAAAACAGCAACGGAUGAAAGACAGAGUGGCAAAGUUUGAAAAAUUUAUCGAAGAAAAUGAAAUAAAACAACGACGAGCGAUACAGAAAUAUCAACAGGAAGUGAGGUUACGAGAUCGAAAGAAAUCAGAAUUAGAAGAGUUACAGGAACAAUUAGAAAAGGUUAAACAAAGACACAGAUAUUUACAGAAAUUGUUAACUCAAUAUAAAAAAUAUGAAACCUAUUUAUUGGCUGUGGUGGAAGCUAUGCCUGAAGACUACAUCACAUCAUCAGAAGAUAAAGUAAAAGGGUUAAUGAUGAGACAUCGAACAUUAUAUGAAGCUAAUAAAGAUAUCGUUGAUAAAUUAGGCCACAUGGAGGACGAGUAUGAACUGAAGAAAACCAAGUUAGAAAAUAUCCGACAGGAUCAUAAUAAACGAAAAGUUUCAUUUAACAGUGAGCUUGCUCAUCUCAAAACAUCAGAAGAAAAUAAAACCACUUUAAAUCAACGGAAAGAACAAGAAUUUCUUUUAUCAAAAGGAGCUUUAAGAAAGAAGAGAACCAAUCUAGGAGUGAUUUAUAUGUCGAUAGAUAAUAUUUACGAGAAAUGCAGGAAAAUCUUAGACCUGCCAGCUGAUAAAGUUGAUAUAGACGAAAAAUUAAAACGAAUUGAGUCUUAUCUAGUAGAAAGAUCACAGGUUGCUGAGAUUGUCCAGUCUAAUACGGGUAGCACAGAAUCAUCCGAUUCACAUCCAGUUGUUCGAGAUAAACAAACUAAAACCGUGAGGAUAAAAGGGCCAUAACUCAAUGUCGGUUGUCUUAAGAACCAAAGUAACAUAAACUGUUUCUUCAACAGGGAUUUGAGGUAUUAAUUUUGAAAAGGUUUAGUAACUUAAGAACAUAGAGAAGUUUUACGUCCGAUUAUUGUUUUCUAACCUAAUAAUUCAUGCAUCAGAUACCUGUAGUUUCAACAACUAAUGAAAACUAGAAAGGAGUUUUAACAUGUAUUCUUUACAAUGAAAUCCAAUAGUCUAAGGUCUGAAGCUCAUAUCCAAUAAACUGAGAUGAAAUUUAGUUUUAGGAGAUAUUGCAAUCUGAUAGAUCAAUCAUUUAAAUCAAUUUUAGUGAGUGAAUCAUUUUGGUGAUUGACCAAUAAGGUGAUCAUGUU